AUGCGACCAGAUAUGCUGAACAGAAUACACGAGGGACACCUUGGAAUCAUAAAAUGUCGUGCACGAGCCAAGGAAACAAUCUGGUGGCCCGGUAUUGCUAAACACAUCGAUGAUAAGGUAACUGGUUGCGAGAAGUGUAUCGAACACAGAAUAACACCAACAGAGCCGCUUAUGGCCUCAGAAGUGCCCGAAUACCCCUGGCAAAUCAUAGCUUUGGAUUUGUUCGAGGCUAACAAGAAACAUUAUCUGGUUGUAGUAGAUUACUUCUCCAGAUACAUAGAGGUAGCAAGUCUACUGCCUCAGAAGUCAUUGCAAAGCUUAAAUUUCUCCCAAAGGUUCGGAUUUAAGCAUGUUACAAGUAGCCCCUUGUAUCCCCAAUCCAACGGUCAAGCAGAAUCGGCCGUUAAAAUUGCGAAGAAAAUUAUUUUAAAAUCAAAUGACCCAAAUUUAGGAUUGUUAAGCUACAGGACUACCAAACUUCAGUGUGGAUUUUCCCCUUCAGAGCUAAUAAUGGGCAGAACACCCCGUACUACCUUACCAACAAAUAAAAUGAAUCUAAUUCCUAAAUGGGACUAUUUACCGGAUUAUAUUAGGCGUAGAAAAAUUGAGAUUCAGGUAUACACUGAUAAUUUUAACAAACACCACAGAACCAAAGUAGUUCAAAAUUUAAAUGUUAACGAUAGAGUUUGGAUUACAAACUUAAAGAAAUACGGUGUGGUGGUCAAUGAAGGACCUGAACCAAGAUCAUACGUUGUAAUAACUGAUAACAAGCACUAUCGACGAAAUAGAUCUCACCUAAUAAAGGCAAAUGAUACAGCAAAUGAUACAUUAAACCGCUACCCUUACGAAUUGUUUGAAUGGCCGGAAGAAUUGGAAGACCGGACGUCAACGCAGGAAGAUCUAAAACGGGGAGGAAGAGCGGAAGAGAGAAGUCUGACGGAAGAGACUGAACAGCGUCCACUGGUAGGAAAUGAUUAUGUCCAGUCAAACGAAGACAAUGGUGUAACUCGAGGUGUUAUUCCAGCAGAGCAACAGUUUUACACAACCAGAUCGGGUCGCGUGGUAAGGCCACCGAGGUCUCGUUGUGAGUGUGGAAACCUUGCUUGUAGUCAUUAG